AUCACGUGGAACUGUCACUUGAUUGUGUUUAGGAUUAGCUGUAUACCUACAUAUAAGCAAUAUGUACAACGAAUUCCAGACAUCACAAGUCACAGUGGAGUUCAGUGAAUGCACUGCGCUCCACGCGUGAGCAUAUUUUUAAAUUAGCUAUUUCGUUCAGUACUCCUUUUAAUUAUAUUAUCGAGUAGUUAUUUAUGAUAUAUACAUAUCUAUGUGCAUGAAGAUGUACUUAAUCGCAUGAUCGGUGAUAGAGAUUAGAAAAAUCUGUAUAAGAGUACUUCUUAAUCACUUUUCGCGUUCAGUUGCCGCUUGGAUUCAGUGGAUAUGUAUUACUAAUAUGUGUAAAGGCUAUAUCAAAAGAAAUUAAGGAUUUUUUUAUUUUACACGUGUAUACACGUAUAUACAUGAUGGAGAACACAAACUUAAAAAAAUACCUUUCUAAUGAUAUUGUUUUUUGUAUGAUAAAUAAAAUGUUUAUAACAUUAGAUCCUGCUGAAGUAAAGAGAAGCAAUAUGUAUUUAGAGAUAGUUAGAGCUUUAGUACAGCUAAUGAGGAAUGAGGAUCCACUAUUUGCAAAAUCGUAUCAAGAAAUUAUUUAUUGUGGAAGUUUUUAUAAAGGUACAAAAGUUGGCAAACCAAAUGAAUACGACUUAAACAUUGUUUUGAAAUUUCCUAUUGAUUACCAAGGCAUAAGUCUUUCCUCGAAUCAACCAGGAUUUACUAAAAUACAUGUAACAAAUGCCUCAUUGACAAAGUUUUUAUUAAAGUAUGAUUCUUCAAAUCCUAUCAGAAAGAGUUUUCAGAAACUUAUUUCCCAAGAGUGCCUUGAUCCAGAUAAUGUUCGUCAAUGGAUUGAAGGAAUUUUAAGUAAAGUUUUUCAAACAUUACCAAAAAACGGAAAUAAAUAUACACUACAAAUGCAAAACAGAGAUGGUACCACUAGAAAAUUUAAAAUAAAAAAGAGCGGUCCAGCAUUUACUCUAAUAUUAAGUAUUUCUGAAGAAAGUGAAGAUAUACAUAUUGAUUUAGCUCCUGCAUUAGUUUUUCAGAAGUAUAAUAUUCAUGGAUCUUCUGUAAGAAUGAAUGAAAUUCAAACUUAUAAAAACAAAGUAUGGUAUGCGAUACCAUUACCUACAAACAAUAAUGAUUGGAAUGAAAAGCUACAUUGGAGAUUUAACUUUUGCCACCAGGAAAAUGAACUUCUUACAAGAUAUAGCCGUAUAAAACCUGUCAUACGUCAGAUGAAGAAACUGAGAGACACGCAAAACUGGAAGAGUAUUGCCAGUUAUUUUAUAGAAACGUUAUUCCUGCAUAAAUUGAUGAUGUUUGAAGAGGAUUUCGAUAGAAUACCUUUCACAUUAUUAUUUUUUAAAAUGUUGAAAGAACUUUAUAACGCUUGCAAUCAGUGCAGGAUUGAGUACUUUUGGGAUCUAAAAUAUAAUUUAUUACAAAAAAUUAAAGCAUCGGAAAUGUGUAACAUAACUUGUCGUUUAAACAGAAUCAUAAUGUUGAUUGAGAAGCAGAUAUCACCAAAUCCAUAUAUUAUAGCUGAACAUAUUUUGAACACAGAUGAGUUAAGACUACUACAACUAGAAUAUGACAGGAGACAAAAUAACAAUCAAGAUGUAGGUAGUCUUUGCACUAUAAUGUAA